AUGCAUGCUCCUACUGAUAUUCAUCUACUAUUGGUAAAGAGAAUUCUUAGAUAUCUAAAUAGUACCAUUGUUUAUGGUAUAACAUUAAGAAAAGGGGAUGUUGAGUGUUUAACUUCUUAUACUUAUUCAGAUUGGGGUAGUUGUCCUGAGACAACUAGGUCUACAUGUGGAUAUACAAUUUUUAUGGGUAAUUCUUUAAUUUCCUGGUCAAGUAAAAAGCAUCCUACUGUGUCAAGAUCAACAACAGAAGCAGAAUAUAAAUGUUUAUCAGUUGUAACUCCAGAAUUGGAAUGGCUUGGAUCUUUAUUCUCUGAGUUACAUAUUACACUUAAGAAGCCAAUAACUCUAUAUUGUGAUAAUACAAAGAAUCAGUUAGCAUAUUUGUUCACCAAAGGACUUUGUGCACCUAUUUUUACUUUUUUACUACAUCAGCUACUGGGAAUUUCUUCAUCAGCUAAUGCUUCUUCAGUCUCUACAUCAAGUAUCUCUUUUACAGUUACAAAUAUUGAAGACACUGAUGAGUCAUCAGCUUAG